GCUGACUGUGGAAAGGUAGACGGAUUCCCUUCCGAGCCGGAGAUGUACAGGGAGCAGUCCUUCUCCUCCACCCAGACGGGAAGUUGGGAGACCAGCGAGGGCAGCCCAGAGCGAAAGGCUAACGGCUUCAUGCACAUCAACGAAGCCCAGCAUUCGUGGGGUCGCACCCGAUACCCAUUGCAUGUGGCGGUCUCCCAGAACAAGCCUGCGAUUGUCAAAGCUUUGCUGCUCCUGGGCGCGCGGCGCAACGUGAAGACGCGGCGGGGCCUCACCCCGGAGGACCUAGCACGCCGGAGCGGCUUCGAAGAAGUCCUCAAUGUUUUGGAACAAGCGACGCUCCAGAAAGAGAGCACGCUUGAAAGUUUUUGCUCGACGAAUGGCAUGGCGAGCAUCCAAAUGUGA